AUGGCCGUGGAGGCAGUGGCUGCAGCAGGAGAAGUAGAGGCACAGAAGAAGAACAGAAUUCAAGUGUCUAACACCGAAAAACCUUUGUUUUUCUAUGUUAAUCUUGCCAAAAGAUACAUUCAGCAGCAUAAUGAGGUUGAGCUUUCUGCCUUGGGCAUGGCAAUAACCACAGUUGUGACAAUUGCUGAGAUCUUGAAGAAUAAUGGAUUGGCUAUUGAGAAGACUAAGAAUCUCCAUCUCUUAAUCCGAAAAAGUUUUCCAUCCUUGAUGAGUGUAAAUAAUGAGAUACCUAUUGUUUAUGGAACUGUCCGAAAAGUUUGACUUGCUGAUAAAUGCUGAUGCCAAUAUGUCACCAGAGACUGCUUCCAAAGACAAGGA